GCAGCCUCUGACCCAUCCUGGCACCCUAACUGACCCACCACAAGGACAGAGAGUGAAUCCUGCCCAGCCCUUGGGGUUCAGUCUGCUUGGCUGAGGAGCCCGUGAAGCCAGGGGUGGCACCGUGCCCAGCCUGCCCGAGGAGGCCCUGGAUAGACCAUGGCAGGUGUCUGCAACAGGGCCCCUGACUUCCUCUCCCCUUCUGGAAACCAGGUCUUGGGGCCUGCCCUGGGAAGUGUGGCCACUCUGAACUGCACAGCCUUGGUGGUCUCUGAGCCCCACUGUCCCCGGCCUUCAGUCCAGUGGCUAAAAGAUGGGCUGCCACUGGGCAAUGGAAGCCAGUAUGACCUCCACGAGGACUCCUGGGUCAAGGCCAACUCGUCAGAGGUGUUUGUGUCCAGUGUCCUGGGGGUCAACCUGACCAGUGCUGAGGACUAUGGGGCCUACACGUGCUCCGUCCGGAACAUCAGCUCCUUCUCCUUCACUCUUUGGAGAGUUGGCCCAGCGGGCCACUUGGCUGCAGUACUGGCCUCACUCCUGGUCCUGCUGGUCCUGCUUCUGGCUGCGCUGCUCUAUGUGAAGUGUCGACUCAAUGUGCUACUCUGGUACCAGGACGCGUACGGGGAGGUGGAGGUGAACGACGGGAAGCUCUACGACGCCUACGUCUCCUACAGCGACAGCCCUGAGGACCGGAAGUUCGUGAACUUCAUCCUGAAGCCGCAGCUGGAGCGGCGUCGGGGCUACAAGCUCUUUCUGGACGCCCGUGACCUCUUGCCGCGUGCAGAGCCCUCCGCAGACCUGCUGGUGAACUUGAGCCGCUGCCGGCGUCUCAUCGUGGUGCUGUCGGACGCUUUCCUUGGCCAGGCCUGGUGCAGCUACAGCUUUCGGGAGGGCCUGUGCCGGCUGCUGGAGCUCACACGCAGACCUAUCUUCAUCACCUUCGAGGGCCAGCGGCGGGACCCCGAGCACCCCGCGCUGCACCUGCUGCGUCAGCACCGCCACCUGGUGACCCUGCUGCGCUGGAAGCCCGGCUCCGUGACGCCUUCCUCCGAUUUUUGGAAAGAGCUCCAGCUGGCACUGCCCCGGAAAGUGCAGUACAGAGCGAUGGAAGGGGACCCCCAGACCCGCCUGCAGGAUGACAAGGACCCCAUGCUGGUUGUGCGAGGCCGCGUUCCAGAAGGUGGUACCCUGGACCCGGAGCUGGACCCCGACCCCGCGGGCGACCUGGGUGUCCGAGGGCCUGUCUUUGGGGAGCCAUCAGCUCCACCAUAUGCAAGUGGGGUCUCGCUGGGAGAGGGCCAGGUUAGCGAGGUGGACGUCUCGGACCUUGGCUCCCGCAACUACAGCGCACGCACGGACUUCUACUGCCUGGUGUCCAAGGAUGACAUGUAGCCCCUCCCCCCACCUGUGUUGGAGCCACAGGAUGCCAGGGACAGCUGGGAGUGGGACCUGGAGCCCUGCCUGUCUGUGGCCCUGGGACCCUUGGGGAAGAGGAGUGGUCCCUCCUUGUGCCAGAAAAUAAAGUCUUUUUGGAUCCUG